GUCAACCACAUGUAUGCAUCUGCGGUACCAUGGUGGGAGCCGUCGGCCAUCACGUAUUAAGCUGCCAUCGAUGUACAGACAGACAGCAACAUCAUCAUGCUCUCAACAACAUAGUAUUGAGAGCUCUUAGGUCGGCCGGCGUUCCUUCUGUCCUCGAACCACCAGGUCUCAGCCGCACAGAUGGAAAACGGCCUGAUGGUUUAACAUUGGUACCGUGGGCGAAUCCACGAUGUUUGGUGUGGGACGCGAAGUAUGGCAGCACUUUCGACGCUUCCCACAUCGGCUGCACGACACGUACUGCUGGGGCGGCGGCUGAGUAUCAGAUGGCGGCGAAGCACUUAAAAUAUUCGUCGUUGGGGCGUACAUUUUUGUGCCUCUGGUGGUGGAAACGGCGGGUUGUUGGAGCGCAGAAGCCAAACAAUUUGUGUGGGAUAUGGGCCGCCAACUCAGCACAAAGACUGUCUAUUGCCAUCCAGCGUGGCAAUGCUGCAAGCAUAAUGGGCACCUUUACGCCAGAAACGAUUCGGGGUGAUAUUUGA